AGAACGACGGCUAUUGCUUGCUGUAGCCUCUUCAUUUCAAUGCUCCUCCUGCAUCGACCGUACUACGCAUUGUAGGCUGGCUCCCGACGUAGUCGCAUACUGAUUUUCUCACUCAGUUCGCAGAACUGACGACAAUGGCCGGCCAGUGUCCAGGCGAGACGCUUACGCACGAACGCGUUGGUGAAGUGGCUUUGCCCUUUGGUCAUAAAGACAUCACCUUCCAUCUGCUGACUCUAAAUGUCUGCUGCACUUUGGCGUCGUUAGCGAUUGGAGUUUCCGUCUUCCACAUCAUGCAACACACACUGCACUAUCGACACCCACAUGAACAAAAACACAUCAUACGUAUUCUCUUCGUCAUUCCGGUCUACGCGUGGACCACAUUGCUCUCUUAUGUGUUCUACAGAAACGCUGUCUACUGCGAGCUUAUACGCGAAUGCUACUCCGCUUAUGCUGUCGCGAGCUUCUUCACGCUCAUGUGCCAUUAUCUUGCACCCGAUUUCCAUGAGCAAAAAGACUACUUUCGCCACGUCGAACCGAAGAAUUGGAGUUGGCCGUUGAAUUGGUUCCAGAAGCUGACCGGCGGCGAGCAGAAAGGGUUGCUGAGGAGGCCGAGGAGCGGCAUUACCUGGUUCAACAUCAACUACAUCGGAAUCUUCCAAUACGUCGUUCUUCGUACCAUCGUAACAACCAUAGCCGUCGUCACGUCAUCCUUAGGUCAAUUUUGCAAAGGGAGUCAUAACGUACGCUACGCAUCGCUAUGGACAGCCAUCAUUGACGCACUCUCCGUUCUUGUUGCAAUGUAUUGCCUACAUCAAAUCUAUGCGCAGCUCAAAGAAGAUCUCGCGCCCAACAGGCCCGUCUUCAAGAUGGUCUGCGUUAAGCUUAUCGUCUUCCUUACUUACUGGCAAACAUGGCUCAUCUCGCUGCUCAUCCAAUACGGACCACUGCGACCCACACGCUUCAUUACUGCACUGGAUCUCCACGUCGGAAUUCCUUGUCUGCUUACAUGCACUGAGACUUUGGUCUUUGCUGUCCUGCAUUACUGGGCGUUCCCAUGGAGGCCCUACCAGAGCAAUCGGGUUCCGAAGUUUCCUAAACAGAUGUAUGAAUGUGGACCCAAUGAAGCUUUGGUGGAGGUAUUAAACCCUUGGGAUUAUUGCUGCGCCGCUGCUCGCGGCUUCCGUUGGCUAUUCCAUGGCAUUCACUUUCGGAACGAGAGUGUAGCCUACAAGCUCGAUUGCAAAGCUCAUGGUCCCAGAACCCGACGCGGCACGCAGUCAGAUCCACUGCACGAUGGACCAAAACAUAGUGGGAGAUGCAAAGAGAAGGAUCGCAAAACAGCUUGAAUGACUCGUGGACUGUGUACGUGAAGAGAUAACUAGCAGGCGUCCAAGAGAGAUUGGAAGACCACCUAGGUACACAAAGUAUGGCAAAUUAGAAAAUAGUCAAUUUUGUAUCUGGACAGCAAUACAUAACGAAAACAUCAAAAAAACACCCUUCUCAAUCACAGCCUUUUGGAACAUUGUGAAGCUUCGGAACUAUAAUGGCGUGUCAACUUCGGAAGGGUUGCAGGCGUUAGGUCGCCGACGGGCUGCGUAGCGCUUACAUAACACCAAUGAAGCUCGGGACG